AUGGACCGAGAUCGGGAAAGAGAUAGGGACAGAGACCGCGAUAGGGAUAGUAGAAGAUUUCGUGAUUUCCGCGAUCCAUCACCACAUCGCGGUCUCGAUUCUUAUAUACCCUCCUCGGGCUCUGGUCGUCGCCGCCCAUCCCGCUCUCCGCCUCCUCUAAGAGGUGAUAGCUAUAUUCCUACGCGUCGUCACCUUCUAGGUCACCUGUUAGAGACAGGGACAGGACGGGGUGGAAGAAGCCCGCUGUCUAGAUCACCUAGAGAGCAUCGUCAUAGACGUCGCUCGCCCUCUCCACUACCACCUCGAAGGGAUAGGUCGAGGGAUAGAUCGCCCCCCUCUAGGCGUGAUAGAACUCCCCCGCCAAGGAGGGAUCGAUCUAGAGGAGGGAGCCUGCCCCGCUCUGCUACGAAAAGACCAUCGUCCAGGCAGUCACCUCCUGCCCAUCCCACAGAGCGUGUGGUGUCUGACCGUGUAGUAGCUGAGCGCGUAGUCCCAGUUCGUGCGAGAACCCGCUCUCCGAUUCGCCCUGUUUCGAGAAGGCGCUCUCCUACUCCCCGAUCACCUGUGCGAAGACGGGAAAGGUCUCGUUCUCCCAGAAGAAUCAUUAGAUCUAGGUCUCCACUUCGUCGUAACGAUUUCCGUAGAGGUGAUCGGAGAGAUAGGUCUCCCAUAAGACCCAGAUCACCACUUCCUCCUAGGCGUGGAUCUCGUUCACCUUUUAGGUCGCCAGUAAGGAGGCGUCGUUCGUCCACACCUCCGCGAUUUCCAUCCCCUAGGCGCCGAGAUUCCAGAUCCCCUCGAGCAAGGCCGUCUAGAAGCCCGGGGUCUCCUCCGAGAAAAAGAGGAAGAAUUGGUGGUUCCCCGCCUAGCAGAGGAUCUGCGAGGCCGUUCUCACCACCCCCACCCCCGAGUAGACCUCGUUCUCGUUCCCCGGUCCGUGAGUCUGUAGCAACAUCACCACGCAGCGCCAACGGCAAACCACCGGUCAGAGCCACCGGCUUUGGUUCCUCUCCUGCACCAUCAGCUGGAGUGACCAGCAGGAAGAUUUCGCCGGCCCCUCCAUCUCGCCCCCGUUCACCCCCCUCUAGAGCAAUGUCACCCCCACGUGGCCCACGCAAUGCCGCUGCCUCACCCCGCCCAACACCUCCAAGACGAGCAUCACCUCCUCCGAACGGCCCUGCUGUUCACCCGGAGAGGCUUCAACAACUUUCCAACGGCUUCUCGACUGUUCCUCCUCGCGGCCCAUCUGGUGGCACCAGGCCUAUGAACAACGUUGUCCCGCCCCGUGGACCAAGUGCCUAUCAACCUAAUCGCACACUCUCUACACCCUCACAUGGCCACCCCUCACCUUCAGGCCCUCAUAGUUCUCAUGGCCGCUCGCCAUCCUAUCCAUCACGAGCCACGCCUAAUCCACCAAUUCAGCCACGGAACGCGAUGGCACUCCCCCCAUCAGGACCACGCCGCAUGUCCUCCGCGCUCUCACCAAAUGGCUCUACCCCGCCUGCAUCGUCUCCAAACCCACCCACCACAUCUGCUAUCCCAACUGGCCCUCGUGCGGGUAACUUCCCUUACCGUACAUCACUUCCGCCACCGCACCCGCAUCAUCACCACCACCCGCCGCCUCCAAGAGCGCCGAGUGGCCCCGGUACUACAAUUCCAGGUGGGAGAUUAUAUCCCGCGGUUGAUAAAGCGAGCGAAGACAGACUGGCCAGAUUGAAGGCGGAGCAGGUAAAAUUGGAGGAGGAGAACAGGGUGAUCCAGGAGAGAAAGAGGAAGGGGCUGUACGGAUGGGAGAAGAGCACAAGAGAGGCAGAAAGGGAAGGAUACAAGGUUGAGUUGGCUGAAAGCCAGUUGGUUGGUGGCGUCCUGAUGGACUGA